AUGGACACUUCUGUCCGCUGCCAUGGACAUUUGCUCGCAUUCGUAUUGUGGGUCCGCUGCUCGUUGUCUAUUUUCCCAAGCCUUCUCAUGACGAACGAUCCGGGGUAUGGGACCCCGCGAGGACCCCACGGGGAUAAUCUAGGUUACUUUGGGGGGGGGGGGGAGAACUUACCCAAGAUGGGCGUUCCGAGGCUUCGGACUAUAAACAAGUACGGAGGAUACCGAAGCUAUCGCUAA